GCCUAUAAAAAGCUUCCCCGGAUUCUCCGCUCAGGGCAGCGGAGAGGGAAAGAAAUUCACUUCAAGCAGAGUAAAUCAAAAAUCUGGACUAAAAAAAAAAAAAAAAAGAAUGGUGGCAACAUCAGAAUGUGGUGAAAAGGGCAAAUCCGGAAACAAGGUAUAGAUAUAAUGAAAGUCGAUGGAAGGGGGGGGGACGUAAAGACUCAAGCUGCAGAAAUUAACCUGCGCCUGACCUUUCUACAGGUUUCAAAACCUCUCAUGGAGAAGAAGCGAAGAGCGCGGAUAAACCAGUGUCUGGACGAGUUGAAGUCGCUUCUGGAGAGCUACUACAGCAGCAGUAUUCGAAAGCGCAAGCUGGAGAAAGCCGACAUCUUAGAGCUCACGGUGAAACAUCUGAGGAACCUCCAAAAGAUUCAGAGCAUUUCCGCCGGUGCUUCUGAGCUUCCUGAUUACCAGCUGGGCUUCCGGAACUGCCUGGCAAACGUCAACCAGUACCUGCUGCUGGCUGAUCACCUGAGCGGCAGUGAGCGCUGGGUGAUGUCGCAGCUCUCCAACAAGCUGUGUCGCUCUCGGCGGAGAGGUGAAGCGUCCAGCACCACGGACAGCGACCCGAGCCAACCUGAGGCGGCGGCGGCGGCGGCGGAGGAGGAGGAGGAGGCGGGGAGGCUUCGGCUGCCGAGCGCAAAUGGACACGAAGGAGAGAGGAACCCGACCAGAUCUGUAAUACCGAAACUCCGAACGGCUCUCACGGUUUCCUCUUUAGCCAUCGAAGACACGAACAAGUUAUUUGACGCCAAACAGACCCGUGUUUUAGCGCAGAAAGCUCCCACGGGAAACAUGGAGACGCAAAGCAGCCGUCACAGGAACCCUGAGUGCGCCAGUCCGCGGCUUGACGCUGGGAACACGGAGCGCCAUGUGUGGCGGCCCUGGUGAAGCCGAUGGGGAAACUCACUCACUGAAUGUUUAUGAUUGCACUGUAGAUUUUCACCACCGUGUUAUUAAGCUCACUUAUGUAUUAUUUUAUUAAUAAAAUUGUCGAAAUAUUGA